AUGGUUCGAGACGAAUUCGAUGACGGUUGUGACUGGGACGGCGGAAACGUCGUCCCGUGGGGACCGAUCCAAUGUGAGCAGCAUGAGGCAGACCGAAUACUUCCGGAUCCUGUCGACGGUCUAGAUUUCGAGUCACCUAGCAUCAAAUCUCUGAACAAGGAAAACUUGUCCGAGUUUGAGGCUCUCAUGCUGGGUGAAGUUUCGAAUGACGGGAGCUCGGAAGAUGAGCUGGACAUAGAUACAGCCACUACCAGUUCCGAGGACGACACCUUCUUCCCUUUCAUGGAUUUACCACUCGAAAUUAGGCAGCAGAUCUAUCAUUGGAUCCAUCUCAUGAACCCCAUCAGGCUGACUCAAUUUGCGCCGUGGUACCCUAUUCCGGUUAACCGUGGCUACUUUGUCAAUGCCAUAACGGCACCAUCUGAAAACGAUUCAAACACGCCAGAGGCCUCGGACGAAACCCCAAGGCCUACAGCGACGAGAACGGCGCCGAUCCUCUCGCCGUGGCGUCCGUACUCCUGCAUGCCGACCUCGAUGCUCAGAGUGAGCAAGCAGAUCUACUACGAGAGUAGGGAACUGCCGUUCCGGAACAACGAGUUCGUCUUCGUGAACUGGUUCGCCUCGGGCCUGUGGGCGGCUCGCUCCUUUAUCAGGGGCUUGCAAUCUUGGCAGACGCAGACGAUGCACUACGCCAGGCUCGAGCUCCUGUCCCGGGAUCUCGCGGGUCGGUACGUGGAUGAGUGGAGGGAGCUCUGCGGGGCCUGGUCCGAGGGGCUGAGGGGCUUGCGGCUGAAGAUCCUUAGUAGCGGGGGAGGAGUGGGGACAGGUGGAGGUGUCUCGUGGGUCGUUGCCGGUUCGCCUCAGAGGGGCGCGCCGACGGCGGGAGUAAGGGAUGAGGAAGGGAAGGUAGAAGAGUGGAUCGAGAACGGGCUCAAGCAGCUCAAGCGGCUUCGGUGUCUGGAGGUCGAGCUGUCGGCUGCCGACUGGGACGACAAUACUAAACUGGAGUGGUGUCGAAACCUAGAGGAGGCGUUGAAUGAGUCGAAAACCGAGGCGGAACAGCACGUCCGAGUUUGCUGCGUCGAAAGAGCGAGGGAUUUAUAA